UUUCCCUUUCCGGCUACGGGUCCCCAAGCGGAGCGGGAGGCCGGACCGGGGAGCCGACAGGCGGCGGCGGCGGCGGCGGCGGGGGCGGUAAUGGCGGAGCUGGUGCAGGGGCAAGGUGCUCCGGUGGGGAUGAAGGCCGAGGGCUUCGUGGACGCCCUGCACCGGGUCCGGCAGAUUGCUGCUAAAAUUGACUCCAUUCCUCACUUGAAUAAUUCCACACCUCUCGUCGACCCCUCAGUGUAUGGCUAUGGAGUGCAGAAAAAGCCCGUGGACGACGGAGUAGGUAACCAGUUAGGGGCCCUGGUACAUCAAAGGGCAGUAAUAACAGAAGAAUUCAAAGUGCCUGAUAAAAUGGUAGGAUUUAUUAUCGGCAGGGGAGGUGAGCAGAUCUCACGGAUUCAGGCCGAAUCUGGUUGCAAAAUUCAGAUUGCUUCAGAGAGUUCUGGGAUUCCAGAGAGGCCCUGUGUACUUACCGGAACCCCAGAAAGUAUUGAACAAGCCAAGCGGCUCCUGGGGCAGAUCGUGGAUCGCUGUCGGAACGGCCCCGGCUUUCAUAACGACGUAGAUGGCAACAGCACGAUCCAGGAGGUUCUCAUCCCUGCGUCUAAAGUGGGUCUGGUCAUCGGCAAAGGAGGGGAGACCAUAAAGCAGCUGCAGGAGCGGACUCGUGUGAAAAUGGUCAUGAUCCAGGACGGCCCGCUGCCCACGGGGGCGGACAAGCCUCUUCGCAUCACCGGAGACCCCUUUAAAGUGCAGCAAGCGAGAGAGAUGGUGCUGGAGAUCAUCCGAGAAAAAGACCCAGCUGACUUCCGAGGUGUCCGCGGCGACUUCAGCUCGCGGCUAGGAGGCGGCAGCAUGGAGGUGUCCGUGCCGAGGUUUGCUGUCGGGAUUGUCAUAGGAAGGAACGGCGAGACGAUCAAGAAGAUCCAGAGCGACGCCGGCGUGAGGAUCCAGUUUAGACCAGAUGACGGCGUCAGCCCAGAGAGGGCGGCGCAGGUGGUGGGCCCUCCGGAGCGCUGUCAGCACGCGGCCCACGUCAUCAGCGAGCUGGUUCUCACGGCACAGGAGAGAGAUGGCUUUGGCGGCCUGGCGGUAGCCAGGGGAAGAGGCCGCGGCCGAGCAGACUGGAGCAUGGGAACCCCGGGCAGCAUCCAGGAGAUAACGUACACGGUGCCGGCAGAUAAGUGUGGGCUCGUCAUAGGCAAAGGGGGUGAGAACAUCAAAAGCAUCAACCAGCAGUCGGGGGCACACGUGGAGCUUCAGCGAAACCCCCCUCCCAACACGGACCCCACCCUGCGGGUCUUCACCAUCCGGGGCGUCCCCCAGCAGAUCGAGGCGGCCAGACACCUCAUCGACGAGAAAGUGGGCGGUACCAGUCUCGGAGCACCAGGAGCCUUCGGACAGAGCCCGUUCGGCCAGCCGCCCACCGCGCCCCACCAGAACUCCUUCCCUCCCAGGAGCUCAGGGUGCUUUCCAAACAUGGCUGCUAAAGUGAACGGAAACCCGCACAGCGCCCCCGUGAGUGGUCCUCCGGCCUUCCUGACGCAGGGCUGGGGCAGCACCUACCAGGCGUGGCAGCAGCCCACACAGCAGGUCCCAAGCCAGCCGAGCCAGCCGCAGAGCAGCCAGCCCGACUACAGCAAGGCCUGGGAGGACUAUUACAAAAAGCAGAGUCACGCAGCCAGCACCGCUCCGCAGGCCAGCUCCCCGCCAGACUACACGAUGGCCUGGGCAGAGUACUACAGACAGCAGGUCGCCUUCUACGGGCAGACGCUAGGGCAAGCUCAGGCCCACAGCCAGGAGCAGUAGAGGGGCGCCCUGCCUGGCUUCUCCCCGGAAUCAGUGUGAAAGCCUGUUUGCCACAGAGGUUUUCAGAUUUGCAAACCUUUUGAUGAAGAACCUUUGUUUUCUUCUGUGAAACACUAUAUUUAGAUUAACAGAAUUUUUCUAAAAAUCGAGAAAAUUAGCUACUAAAAAUUGCUGAUAAUUUCUGUGUCAUCAUUUUGUUUGCCGUCGAGCGCGUGAGCGCGGCUCCCGCAGGGCGGUGCCUGCGCCGGUGCCCUGGGCCUCCGCGGGACAUUUCAGGAUGGUGUUUUUUGUCUCGUUUCGGUUUCUUUCCCGUCUUUUUAUUUACAGUUUUUUUCUGUUGCAACAGAAAGUGGCUUGGAAGUCUUAGGUGGUAUGUAACAAAUUCUUUUUUAAAAAUUUUUAAGCAGUAUUUAAAUAUUCUUAAAUGUGUAAAUUCAUUAAAUGUUUUACUUCUAAUUUCUUGUAUCUUGGCUGUCUGGUUUUAUUGCAUUUUUUAAAAACUGAACUAUUAUGUAUUGUAAUUAAUUAUGUGAAUUCUGAAUCGAGACAGAUCAUUGUAGCGCUGUCCAUGGGCGGGGCGUCUUCUGGGUUUGCAGACUUCGCGGCGCCGUGAGGCGGUGGUGUCAGUGCGUCCCCGCUGCGUGCGUUGUUCCCGUGUCUCCGUGGCCGGUUGCAGUUGUGUAUCUAAGACCUCCAAGCUUGUGUUAGAAACAAAACAGAAACCUUCCUCUAUUCUCUCAGAAGUAUAAAUACUGUUAUUUUUAAUAUUAAAAAGAAAUUCAAUAUAACUUUUAACAGACACUGUGGAACCUUAAACCGUAUAAAAUGUAGUAACUAUUUUUUAAUUCCAAGGUGUUUCUUUGCUUCUUCCUUUUAAAUAUUUUCUUAAUAUUUGUCAGAUUAACUAGAUGAAUAAAUAAAUCUAGUAUUAACCACAGUAUGAAUUAAAUAAUUUUUGAUUUAAUAAAAGGGAUAUGAUUUCCAGUGUUUACUGUAGUGUUCUUGUACAGAUAACAUGUAUUUUUAAAGGAAAAAACGGAACUGAAGCUAUUUUUUCUUGGAUUUUUCAUUGACCUGAGGGAACAACAUUCCGUUUGAGACGUGCUGGGUUUUCUCCUUGUUUUCCUUAUAAUGCUUGAAAUGUCUAACUAUUAAAAAUGGCAGUUGGGAAAAUGUUAUGCAUGUUGUUUUAAAAGUGUUCUUUUUAUUUGACUGACAAUUCAUUUUACACUCUAUAUAAUAAAAUUCCCACAAGCCGUCUGUGGGCCAAGUA